AUGGGCAAUGCCUGCUGGGAGCUGUACUGCCUGGAGCACGGGAUCCAGCCGGACGGCCAGAUGCCCAGCGACAAGAUACGAGGAGGAGGAGACGACUCGUUCAACACCUUCUUCAGUGAGACUGGAGCUGGGAAGCACGUUCCUAGAGCUGUGUUCGUGGACCUGGAGCCAACGGUUAUAGAUGAGGUGCGCACUGGGACUUACCGACAGCUGUUCCACCCUGAGCAGCUGAUCUCUGGGAAGGAGGACGCUGCAAACAACUACGCCCGUGGCCACUACACUGUCGGCAAGGAGAUCAUCGAUGUUGUGCUCGACAGAACUCGUAAACUCGCCGACCAGUGCACUGGACUGCAGGGCUUUCUAAUCUUCCACUCAUUUGGAGGAGGCACUGGAUCCGGCUUCACCUCUCUGCUGAUGGAGCGCCUCUCUGUCGACUAUGGCAAGAAGUCCAAGCUGGAGUUUGCAGUUUACCCAGCUCCUCAGGUGUCCACUGCAGUAGUUGAGCCGUACAACUCGAUUCUCACCACCCACACCACUCUGGAGCACUCAGACUGUGCCUUCAUGGUGGACAAUGAAGCAAUCUACGACAUCUGCCGCAGAAACCUUGACAUCGAACGCCCCUCUUACACCAACCUGAACCGGCUGAUCGGCCAGAUCGUGUCCUCCAUCACUGCCUCUCUGCGCUUUGAUGGAGCUCUAAACGUGGACCUCACAGAGUUCCAGACCAACUUGGUGCCCUACCCUCGAUUGUACAAUGCUGACCAAAAGCGGAUUAAAGUGGUGAAUGCGCUACGGGAGAUGGCUGGAGAGGCCGAGGACCAGAUUCCCGAAACUGGAGCCGUUUUCACAUUUGGAAAGAGCAAGUUUGCAGACAACAUUCCCAGUAUGUUUUGGCUGAAGAACGACGUCCCGCUGAAAGUUGCCUGUGGAGACGAGCACACGGCUGUGAUCACAGCAGUAGUGUAG